AUGGCUCCCAAGACCGACUUCCCUCCCGUGAGAGCCUGUCUGUUUGAUAUGGACGGCCUGCUCCUCGACACCGAGGACCUUUAUACACUGUGCGUCAACAUGGUCCUGGAAAAGUACGGGCGGCCGCCGAUGCCGUGGUCUGUCAAAGCCAAGCUGCAGGGCCGGCCCGGCCCCGCGGCCAACAAGAUCUUCAGCGAGUGGGCGCAACUGCCCAUCUCGACAGAAGAGUACACGGCGCAGCUCUCCGUCUUUCAGAAGCAGUUUUUCAGCACCGCCAAGGCUCUACCCGGCGUACCUACCCUCCUCCAGAAUCUCCAUGCGACCAAGGGGGCCGGCCCGCCUCAUGCUGGGGGCCCGACGCAGCCGCACACAGUGCACAUUGCGCUCGCCACUAGCUCGCACCGUGGCAACUUUGACCUCAAGACAACGCACCUUCAGGAGCUCUUCUCCGUGUUCCCGGAGGAGCGCCGCGUCAAGGGCGACGACGAGCGGCUGAAGCCCGGCCGCGGGAAGCCCCUGCCGGACAUUUUCCUGCUAGCGCUACAGACAAUCAACGACUCGCUACCCGCCGGGGAGUCGCCCAUCACGCCAGAGGAAUGUCUCGUGUUUGAGGAUUCGGUUCCGGGCGUGGAGGCGGGUCGCCGGGCCGGCAUGCGCGUCGUCUGGUGCCCGCACAAGAUGCUGAAGAAAGAGUAUACAGGCCGUGAGGCGGAUGUUCUGGCUGGUCGUACCGGUGAGGCGGGCGAUGUGGACCUACAUCAGGUGGGCGAGAUUAAUGACGGCUGGGCUCAGUAUCUCGAGACGCUUGAGAACUUUCCCUACGGGCACUAUAACAUUAUUAUUCCUAAGGUCUAG